GGUCCAGCUCCGAACCGGUCCGGAGGCCUCCAACAUGGCCUCCGGACCGGUUCGUGCACAUCCCUAAUGCUGACUUGGUUUCUCCCUAUUGAACUCCAGGCCUCUCUUUCUCCUUACCUAACUGCCCAGUCUGCUUGCAUCUCGGCUGGCUGGCUUGCGUGGAGCUGAGGUGUGUGUGUGUGUGUGUGUGUGUGUGCUGCUUGGCGUGUCCUCUGUUGCAUUCCUUGGCUCUGAACCAACCAGCUCAGGAGAUUAUUAUUGUUGCAUAGACAGGUUACAGAUACUUACGACAAUGGAUAGGAAUAGCUCUGUCUUAUGAAGGAUUCUCUGUCUUUGGAACAGUAAGAGCCAUGUCAACCAGUGGCACUCACCUGUCCUCCCCCUACAUCAGCUGUGGUGGCAACUGUUGCUUUGAAUUCACUCUUGGUAUUGCUUUGGUGCUGAGAUCUGUUCAGCUUUGUUUGCAUAUUUCAUAGAGGAAAUAUGCAAAUGUUGACAGGCAGCAACUCAGUAGGUGGCAUUUCCCCCAGCAUUUGGAGAUUGGAACUUCAGCAGUUAAAGUUCUGGCUGUUGUGCAGCUGAGGUACAGGCAGAGUAUCAACAGGUGCUGCUUCCAUUCUCAUUUGUGAGGUAAAUUUGCACCCUUUGAAUGUCUGCCUUUCAUACAACUGUUAAAAGUUCUGGGCUUUGGGGCCCUAAAAAGGAACUCUGCAGCCCCUCCCCCUUAUGAGAUAAUGGUGGGAGAAGGGGAAAAGCACUGAGGCCUAGCAGUUUUGAAGUUUAAAUGAUGCAAAUAAAAUGAACAAAUAAAAUAGGCAUAACAUAAUGUGACGUGGUCUGACACACGAACAACAUAGAUUUCUCACUGAAUAACUUCUAUCUUCUCACAGCAUGUGCCCAUGCUUUAAGUUUCUUCUCUUCUUUAGGGGGACACACAAAUAUAUUUAUCUGCUGUACAUUUUGCUGUAAUAUUGCACAGUGGUGCAACACCACGCUGACCACACAAAUGGCCACCAUGCAUGCACAGCAUCCAUGUUUGUGCCGAUGCCAUGUGCAGGCUACUGGAAGCAGUGCUGCAGCCUUUUGGACAGCGAGCACCAUGCCUGGAAAAGUGGUGGGGCAGCAGAGGAGCAGUUCCCAGAAUUCCCUGCGUCUGGAAAAACCAGGAGCAAGGACUACAAUUCCCAGUUGCUUUGGGGUUUCCUGUCUGUCUCUCUUGUCAGAAGAGGAGGCGAUCUUAUACUUGGCUGUGCUGGAGAGAGGAGUCUGUGUGUCUGUCUUUUGGGGGAACCACGAAGAACACUCAGAAGAGAGGAGGGAGGUUGGAUUUCCUGAGAGGUUGGGCAGCGCAAAAGUGCGGCUGCAUUUUGGAUUCCCCCUGUGCCUUUCCGGCAGAGGAAUGGGAGAAAGGAAAAAAGAGUUCAGAAUGACAUCCACAGUUCAGUCCAAAUUGUCCUCUGCCUUUGAAGUAGGAGAAAGUGCUGCCGUGGAGCCAGCACAGAUGCCAGUGACCUUUGAUGAUGUGGCUGUGUGUUUUACAAAGGGUCAGGGGGUGCUGUUGGAUCCGGACCAAAGAGCCCUGUACAAGGAGGUCAUGAUGGAGAAUUACACAAAUAUAGUUUCAUUGGGAUUUCCAGUCUCUAAGCCUGACCUCAUUGCCCAGCUGGAACAAGAAGAAGAGCCCUGGGUGCCAGACCCUGAGGCCUUGGAUGAAAUGCAGGUCUCUGACACUAGCACAGGUGACUCUUGGAAAGAAGAGAUGUGCCCAGAUUGCGGCAUCUGUUUUACUCAGAAAGCAAAUCUUUUAAGACAUCAGAGAAUUCACACAGGAGAGAAACCCUAUCAAUGUCUGGAAUGUGGGAAACGUUUUGCUUGGCAAGUAUUUCUGUUCAAACACCAGGAAAUGCACAUGGGGGAGAGACACUAUAAAUGCCUGGAGUGUGGGAAAUAUUUUGCUGACCGCUUAUCCGUUGUGAAGCAUCACAGAAUCCACACAGGAGAGAAACCUUUUAAAUGUCUUGAGUGUGGAAAAGGCUUUUCUUAUCACUCAGAUCUUAUGAAACACCAGAGAGUCCACACGGGAGAGAAACCCUUUAAAUGCCUGGACUGCGAUAAGUGUUUUGCUCGACGUUCAGACCUUGUUAAACACCAGAGAGUCCACACGGGAGAGAAACCAUAUAAAUGCCCCGACUGUGGGAAAUGCUUUGCUCAUCGCUCAGUCCUGGUGGAGCACCAGAGAAUCCACACAGGAGAGAAACCUUUUAAAUGCCAGGAGUGUGAAAAAUGCUUUGGCCAUCGCUCACACCUUGUGGAACACCAGAGAGUCCACACAGGAGAGAAACCCUUUAAAUGCCUAGACUGCGGGAAAUGCUUUGCUCAUCGUUCAGCCCUGGUGGAGCACAAGAGAGUCCAUACAGGAGAGAAGCCCUUUCAGUGUCUGGACUGUGGGAAAUGCUUUGCUCAUCGCUCACACCUUGUGGAACACCAGAGAAUCCACACAGGAGAGAAACCAUAUCAAUGCCCAGAGUGUGGGAGAUGUUUCACUCAACAGUCCAACCUUGUGAAUCACUGGAGAGUCCACACAGGAGAGAAGCCAUACCAGUGCCAGGAAUGUGGGAAAUGUUUCACUCAACAAGCAAACCUUGUGAGUCACCAGAGAGUCCACACUGGAGAGAAGCCAUACCAGUGCUCAGAGUGUGGGAAAUGUUUCACUCAACGAUCCAACCUUGUGAAUCACUGGAGAGUCCAUAUAGGUUAGUUGAGGAGGAAGCAAUGUUCUGCUUGUAUUGGGCCAAGAUCAACAUUGCCAAGCCCAUCACAUGAGGAAGAGACUCUCUCGCCCUAAGCAUGGAAAGCAGUUUGUUAGAGAAUCGAGCAUUAUAUUCAUUUGGGAAAGCUGCACAGGAAUGAGAACUGCAUGACUCUCACUUGCAUGUGGAAAAAGGCUCUGCUUUUAAGGUGCCCUUAUUUUAUAAAGAGAGAAACUGUGCAACAGGGAAGCCCCACAAAUGCCUUGAGCACAGCAGAAGAUUCCAUCUGAAAAAUUUAUGCCGAGAUUCAGAAACAUGAUUUUGAGAAUAUGCUUUUAAUAGUAAACACUUUUCAGGACUGAAUGAAUUAGCUCUUCAAGCUGUGUUAACAUUGGAAAUGGUUUUGAAAUUAAGUAAAAGCUGUACACAGUAAUGGGUUCUGCCCCUUCUGAACUGUUAUUUUCAAAUGAGAUAUGUUUGUAUAGCAAUGACCAACAAUUGGGAAGAUACUGGUUUGGAUCCCAGCAUGCCAGGUCCUGUGAGGGAGAGGCUUGCUUUCCUAACCAAGGCUGCAAUCCUGUGCACACUUACCUGGGAGUAAAUCCCACCAGAUGUCUUGGAAGUUACUUCUGAGUAAACAUGGAGAUAUACUAGGGCUUCAACUGAGUACAGGCAGUCUUUGCAUGAAAGCACUCCCAGUUAAAAUGAAUAGCACUUACAGUGUUUGUAAAUUGCCACCUUGUUUCAACUUUACAACACUUGCCACGGGAAGGGAGGCUCUGCUAGAUGGCUGCUGAUGCAUGGGCUAGAGGAGGUAACGGCGACACUGGCAGCUGAGGCUUACAUUGACACUGAGCAGGGCUGCUCAACUUUGGCCCUCCUACAGAUGUUGGCCUACAACUCCCAUAAUCCCUGGCUAUUGGCCACUGUGUCUAGGGAUUAUGGGAGUUGUAGUCCAAAAACAGCUGGGGAGCCUAAACUGAGCAGGACUGACAUUGAGGCUGGAAGUUCUGGUGGCAGUGGCUGCUGCAUGAUCUGAGGCGGUGGAGGGAUUGGCUGACUCACCCGUCCAACAGGCUCCCCCCACUGCCAUUUUGGCUCCUCCUCCAGGCUCAGAUGCUGUGCAGUGAUGGGAAGAGGGGAAAAACCUGUUCUCUUCCCAGCCCACAUGUUGCCUGCCUGCCUGCCUGACCUCCUUCCUUCCUUCCCUCCCUGUCUGUUGCCCAGGAAGAGAGGAGAUGGAAGCAAACUGCCCAGCUUGACUCCCUUUCUUCCACGGAAAAAUGAGAAACCGUGAGGAACGGAUGGGGGGAGCACAAGUGAGCAACUUCUGAUUCUCCCCCUUCAACUUCUCUGCUACACAUUUGUGACUGACACACCACCAGCUUUGACAGCAACAGGAAAAAAUAGGUUAUUUGGCCUUGGUUCAGGAACCAAACCCCCAUAGCUUUGUUUCCUAUGAGAAAAUCGGUUCUGAGCUGAGACAUUUAGACACAGUUUUUAGGAGCUAGUUGUGUCGUAAGUGUGAGGACUUCCUGUAAUAAGUUCCAUUGCACCCAUCCACAUGAAAGCAUCUUAGCUUCAUAAAGCACUUUUGAGUUUUGCCUAUAAUGUUGUUUGAAUAGCACCAUUUAAGGCCAUGGUGCUUUACAAAGAGUGAAAAGAUGGGUCCCCACCCCAAAGGCUACAAGAGAUACAAGGAAGACAAUAGAGGAAAGGGAAAGAAGUGGGUGCAGGGACAGGAAAAUGUGUGCUUAUUUAUCAUGUACACCUACUUAGGGCUAGUUACAGUGUAGUAUGGGGACUAAGACAUGGUAGCAUGCUGUAUUUGUAAUUAUUUCCCUAAAUGCUUGGGUUUAUGUUAUCUUCUAUUCCUUCUGAAUAAAUGUUUCUUUUCUUUAAAACUU